AUGAACCAAUGGGCGAAGACGCCGUUAACGGAGAUAUACCGGUGUCCCCGUUGCGGCAGAUGCUACAAAGCGAAGACAUCGCUGAGACGUCACCUCGUGGUCGAGUGCGGCAAGCCGCCGGGCCACAAGUGCCCGUACUGUGACCAUCGCAGCAAGUAUAGGGCCAGCAUGUCGAAGCACGUGAUGAACAUUCACCCGAGUCUCCCUUAUCCAAAAAAAGAAGUCGGUCGGCCAGACGAAUCUUUCCGCGCGACAAAAUGGCCGGAGGCUCGACGUUCCCGCGUUGGCCCCGUACUAACCGAGGCACCCUCUUCUUUCUUGAUUGCAGAGUACGCGAAAAUGCGAUUCUUCAUGAGCGGCGGCGUGACCGAGGAUCGGCGAAGGUCCCGCGGCCAAGGACGGUUCGCGUGCGACAAUUGCGACCGGCGCUACCAUCAGAUGAAGAACCUGCGCAGGCACGUGAUUAACGAGUGCGCGGAGCAGCAGUACCCGUUGGCCUCGGUGUUCAAGCACACGUGCGGCACCUGCGGCAAGACGUACAAGCACAAGCACCACCUGAAGAGGCACCACGACUUCGAGUGCGGGAUCGACCCGAAGUUCAAGUGCGCGUUCUGCCCGCACCGUACCAGGUACAAGAACAGCCUGAUGAAGCACAUCCUGGCCAGGCAUCAGCACCUGCUCGACCAGAACGCCGCCCAGUACGGUCCCCAGCAGGUCCUGGACGUGCACGGCGACAUCCAGGGAACGAUGGGCUACAGCCCGGCGAACUGGACGGUGCCGGCGCUACCGUCGACUUCGCGGGUCGCCGCUUACACCAGGCACCUCCGUUCGAUGACCUUGAGGGACAGGGUGGGCAAGGUGCACCGUUGGACGCCGCGAAAGUACGCGUGCACCGCGUGCGACCGAAAUUUCGCGCUGAUGGCCUCGCUGACCAGGCACCGGGCGUUCGAGUGCGACGGCCAGCCGCCGUUGGCCGCCGAGAGGAUCGACCAAGAGAUCUCGCCGGAGAGGAAGAGGAAGAAGAAGUACGGCUGCCCGAACUGCGACCGACAGUACGCGGUGUUCACGUCGCUCUGGAGACACAGGCACUACGAGUGCGGCGUCGAGCCGAAGUUCUCCUGUCCUAUCUGCAAGUUCAAGUUCACGCAGAAGGGCAACCUCGACCGGCACAUUCGGAGCAAGCACUAACUUUCUUCAGCGACGCGACUUGCCGCCGCGAUCCGCGUGUAUAUACACGGGGCGGGGUCGUUAACGAGACGAUAGCUCGCUUGUUUUUGAGAACGGAGAAAUAAGUGUCGGACGAAAGUUGCUCGAUUUCAAGGGGCGCGUAACACGGUGUCGAUAGAUUUUUUAUUGGUGCGAGCGUAGAGGACACGUGAAGGUCAAGCUUGUUUUUUUAAAUGGGACGGUCUAAUUUAUUGUAAGCGUUCUGAUAGAGCCUACGGCUGCAACUAUAAAAAAAUCAUUGACAUUAUAUUACGCGCUCCUCGAAAUCGAACAACUUUUGUUCGACACUUUUUUCUCUAUUGUCAAAAACAAGCGAGUUAUCUAGGUGUCUUGUUUCAAAUUCCCCACCCGGUAUACAGGAUGUCCCAAAAAUAUGGUACUUUCAGCUAAUGAGGGGUUUCUGGGAUCAUUUGAAGCAACUUAUUCCUUUACGAAAAUGUUCUCCGAGGCGCCGUUCACGAGUU